AUGAAGUUGGCGGUCCUCCUCUUCUUCCUCUGCCCGCUGUCCCUCGCCGAAAAACCCGCUAAGAGUGAGUUUGUGUCCUUGGCCGAGAUGGAGGACGCCCUGCUGAAGAACCUUUUCCAAGGCUACCAGCGCUGGGUCAGGCCCAUCCAGCACGCCAACGACACUGUGAGGGUACGCUUCGGACUCAAGAUCUCCCAGCUGGUUGAUGUGGAUGAGAAGAACCAGCUCAUGACAACUAACGUUUGGCUGUUACAGGAGUGGAUCGAUUACAAGCUGCGAUGGAAUCCAGACAAAUACGGAGGAAUAACUUCCAUCAGAGUCCCGUCUGAAAAUAUCUGGCUCCCAGACAUCGUCCUCUAUGAAAAUGCUGAUGGUCGGUUCGAGGGCUCCCUGAUGACCAAAGCCAUUGUCAAGUUCAAUGGGGCCAUCACCUGGACGCCACCUGCCAGUUACAAAUCCGCCUGCACUAUGGACGUCACCUUCUUCCCCUUCGACCGGCAGAACUGCACCAUGAAGUUUGGCUCCUGGACGUAUGAUGGCAACAUGGUGGACCUGGUCCUGAUAGACAACCAGGUAGAUCGGAAGGACUUCUUCGAUAAUGGGGAGUGGGAAAUCCUUAGCGCCACUGGUGCCAGAGGGAACAGGAAGGAUGGCAUGUAUUCAUAUCCCUUCAUCACAUACUCCUUCAUUCUGAAGAGGUUGCCGUUGUUCUACACACUGUUCCUCAUCAUCCCGUGUUUGGGUUUGUCCUUUCUGACCGUCCUGGUGUUUUACCUUCCCUCGGAUGAGGGUGAGAAGCUGUCACUCUCCACCUCUGUGCUUGUGUCGCUUACUGUGUUCCUCCUGGUCAUAGAAGAAAUCAUCCCCUCCUCCUCAAAGGUGAUCCCGCUCAUCGGAGAGUACUUGUUGUUCAUCAUGAUCUUCGUCACGCUCUCAAUCAUCGUCACUGUCUUUGUCAUCAACGUGCACCAUCGCUCCUCAGCUACCUACCACCCAAUGUCGCCGUGGGUUCGUAAUCUCUUCCUUCAGAAACUGCCGAGAUUGCUCUGCAUGCGUGGACACACUGAUCGCUACCACUACCCAGAGCUGGCUCCUGAAAGCCCUGAGCUGAAGACUCGCUCUGGUGGCCGCAAAGGAGUCCAGAAAGCCAACAGUGGAGCUCAUGGACAGACAACUUCUGAGGGGAAGGAGGACGAGGCCUGGGCGACCAUGUUAGACAAGGCUAUCUACUCAGUGCGCUACAUCAGCAGACAUAUCCGCAAGGAGCACUUCAUCCGCGAGGUGGUACAAGACUGGAAGUUUGUGGCCCAGGUGUUAGACAGGAUCUUCCUGUGGGCUUUCCUCACCGUCUCAGUACUGGGCACUGUCCUCAUCUUCACUCCAGCUCUGCACAUGUUUUUGAAAAUCCCUCCUCCAACUGCAAGUGAGGAUCCACCAUCAAACUAGUAGCAAUCACACACCUUUUUCACAGCCAACUGAUGGUCCACUUUCAAUUAUCUAA